UUCAUGAUCUCAGGGUCAAUUUAUAUUUUUAUACGCGGUAUCUCGUAUGCGCGCAGUUUCUUCAGUUUCAUAGUCGAUCAUCCCAACUUCACGAAAACAAUCAUGAAUCAUCAAAUAACUCGAUCCGAUUCUCGAAAUAUUUUAUUAAUAUUUAUUAUUAUAAUUUAUCGAUCAAAGGAUUCCCUUGAUAUUUUAGGAGAAUAUGACAAGUUCUUCAUUGGCUAUUUCAACUCGUAUAUAUGUUGCAGCUGGAUAACAAGCUCUGAAUAAAUCGACACGAAUGACUUACUCCCCAUCUUUUUAAAACGUUUAUACAGUUAUACUCCAUCUUUUUAAAACGUUUAUACAGUUGAUCUCAGGGUCAACUUAUACAGUUAUACUCCAUAUAUCGUAUGCUGUUUCCACAGUUUCAUAGUCCAUCACCCAACUUCUUCGCGAAACGAUCAUCAAACAACUCCAACUCGAAAAGAAAUGGAGAACAACCAUCAAGUAACCGACACUAAAAGCCCCCUCCAACCUCAUGUAUUAAUCUUUUCGCUACCAUUUCAAGGACCAGUUAACUGUGCUCUAAAGUUAGCCGAACUCCUAUGUCUUUCCGGCAUCCAUGUCACCUUCCUCAACACCGAGCACAUCCACCGCCCUCUCCUCCUCCAUACCCACGUCGUAUCACGAUUCAACCGCUACCCAAACUUCCGAUUUGAGACAAUCCCUGAUGGAGUUGAGCACGAAAAACCUGUCUCCGCUGACCGGUUCAUGGAGGUGAUGGAAGGUAUAGAUACUGUGAGUAGACCCCUUUUCCGGGAGAUGAUGGUUUCCGGUAGCCUGAGUUCGAGAUCGGUGCGGCCGGUGACGGUGAUGAUACUUGAUGCUUUCUUGAGUUUUGGUUUGGAUGUAGCUCUCGAGACGUCGAUUCCUGUGGUUUUCUUCGAGACGGUAAGUCCAUGCUUCUUGUGGACUUCUUGCUUCAAUCUUCCUACACUUAUUGAAGCUGGGGACGUUCCCUUCCAAGGAGGUAAUUUAGAUGAGCUUAUAAAAAGUGUGCCAGGAACUGAACAUAUCAUACGGAGACGAGAUCUUGCAAGCUUUUGUCGUAGCGAUGACUUGUCUGAACCCAUUAUUGAUCUCCUCUUGAAUGAAGCACGAACUGUUCCUCAAGCUCAAGGUUUCAUACUCAACACUUUCGAAGAGUUGGAUUCUCUCAUACUACCACACAUGCGAAAACUUUGUCCAAAUAUUUAUCCCAUAGGCCCAUUGCACUCUCUCCACAAAGCCCGCCUUAGGGAGAAGACGACAUUGAUGUCCCCCAAAACAACUUUUUCGAACAGUGUCUGGAAGGAAGAUAGAACUUGCGUAUCGUGGCUCGAUAAACACGCUCCAAAAACCGUUCUUUACGUCAGCAUUGGAAGUCUAGCCACCAUUACAGUAAAUCAACUGCUAGAAAUAUGGCAUGGUGUGGUAAACAGUGGGAAACCUUUUUUAUGGGUGAGACGCCCAGGGUCAAUCACAGGUGGGUAUGAAGACUCUCAGAUCCCGACUGAAUUGCUAGAGCAUACAAAAGAAAUUGGGUGUAUCGUAGAUUGGUCGCCACAAGAACAUGUCCUCGGUCACCGUGCUAUUGGUGCAUUUUUAACACAUAGUGGGUGGAACUCGACUAUUGAGAGUAUAGCCGAGGGGGUUCCCAUGAUUUGUUGGCCUUACUUUUCCGACCAACAAGUGAAUAGUCGAUUUGUGGGACAAGUAUGGAAGCUUGGAAUAGACAUCAAAGAUACUUGUGAUCGAUUAAUUAUUGAAAAGGCAGUGAAGGAUGUCAUGGAAACAGGAGGAAACAUGUUUAGACCGUGUGCUGAUGGUUGGAAAAUUUUGGCGAAAGAAUCGGUAACUGAGAUGGGGUCGUCGUCUAUGAAUUUUGAUCGUUUGAUCAAUGAUAUAAGGGUAAUGAGUUCGGCCACAAAGUUAUCAGGUUGAUGUGUAUCGUUGGAUCAUAUGAUAUUGAUAUUAGUCUUUAUUUGACAUCUUUAGCUAUCAAAAUGAAAUAAUAAUGUAAAAUUGACUUUCAA